AUGUCCGAGCUUGAACAGCAGACCGAUGAACUCCAGCAACGGCUAAGAUCAUCUAGCCAGCCAGAGCCGCAAGCCUUGCCCGAGCGUUCCUGGAAGUCCGUUAACAGCGUCAGUCAUACGGCUGAAGCUGAAAGUCGCUUGGCUUCUGUGGCGCCCUUCUUCAGAGAUGCGACAAUCGCACCAACGUCCUUUCGAUCAUUAUCUCAUGCCGUUGAGAGUCUCCAAACUCCCGAGAGCCUUGCACAGGACCCACAGUCAGCUUUGACCUUACCACGAAUUCUGGAUGGCCAAACCAUCAGCUCAAGGGAUAUCGAUGAGCUCUUCCAACUAUAUUUCCGAGACUAUGCCACCUUCAUGCCCAUACUUGACCCUUCCAUGAGCCCAAAUGCAUGUUAUGCGCUCUCACCAUUCUUAUUCUGGGCCAUUGUGGGUGUUGCUUGCCGCUCAUAUUUAAGAAACCCAACUCUACUUGGUUUCAUGCCAGCCAAGAUCCACAACAUGGCCCUACUGACACUCAAUUCCACAGUUACUUUGCAAAUAGUUCAAGGCUUGCUCCUUCUGCUCUGUUGGCCAUUUCCAAAAGUCAGCACCGGGCACGAUCUGGGUUACCCUCUCACAGGUGCCCUGGUACACAUGGCCACACAAAUGGGCCUUCAUCUACCGGUUUCGAGCCAGGAAUUCAGCAGAGUUCGUCUCAAACUGGAUGAAGAGGAGAUCAAGAGACGUGCUGAGACCUGGGGUUAUUGCCAACUGAUCUAUAUGAGGCAAGGAAAUUGA